AUGCCUUUGCCCUCACCUACUGCUGCCCCCUACUGGGGGCUCAAGGGACAACGCUUGAACCAAGCUGUCGCUAGUUUGGCCGGACUGGGAUUCUUCUUGUUUGGAUAUGACCAAGGCGUUAUGGGCGGUCUUCUCACCCUUCCCACCUUUGUGGAAGUAUUUCCUGAAAUGGACACAAUCUCGAAGCAUUUCUCCGCCGCACAAAAAUCGAAAAACUCCACUAUCCAAGGUGUGGCAAUCGCGCUGUACGAAAUUGGAUGCAUGAUCGGUGCUCUUUCUUGUUCUUCGCUGGGUGAAAAGCUCGGAAGAAGGAAGAUCAUCUUUAUAGGUGCCUUCGUCAUGAUUGUGGGCUCUAUCAUCCAAGCUGCUUCUUUUGGCAUCGCCCAGUUCAUUGUCGGACGAAUCGUCACUGGUUUCGGUAACGGAUUUAUCACAGCCACUGUUCCAGUAUGGCAAUCUGAAUGCUCCCCGGCUCAUCAAAGAGGGAAACUUGUCAUGUUGGAAGGCUGUUUGAUCACGGCUGGUAUCAUGAUCAGCUAUUGGGUUGAUUUGGCUUUCUACUUCACCAAUGAAUCGUCGGUGUCAUGGAGGAUGCCAAUUGCCUUACAGAUUGUCUUCGCUGUUAUCAUCAUGUCAACGGUCCUUACAUUGCCAGAAUCACCUCGAUGGCUCGUCAAGAAAGGACAUAUGCAACAAGCCAGAGAAGUAUUCGCAAGCCUCGGCGGAGUGGAAGAGAACCAUCACACCGUCGAGAAAUUAUUGAAGCAAGUUGAAGAUUCCGUGAUAAACUGCCCCCCUCCUCGUUUCAUGGAUCUAUUCAAGAACGGCAAGUCUCGCAACUUCCAGCGAACUACAUUGGCAGUGGUCAGCCAGUGUUUCCAACAGAUCAGUGGCAUCAACCUCAUUACCUAUUACGCAGCAACAGUGUAUGAAAAUUACCUUCACUUGGGUCCCGUCUUGUCCCGUGUUCUUGCUGCCUGUACCGGAACUGAAUUUUUCAUGGCCUCAUGGAUUGGGGUUUACACUAUUGAGCGAUUUGGUAGAAGGAAGUUGAUGUUGGGAGGAGCUGCGGGAAUGGCGAUCAGUAUGGCUGUACUUGCGGUCUCAGUAUGGAAAAUCGAGCAGAACGGUCCCGACUCUACCGAUGUGGGACCGGCAAUCGCCGCCACCGUUUUCUUCUUCGUGUACAACACUUUCUUCGGGAUUGGAUGGCUAGGAAUGUCAUGGCUCUACUCUGCCGAAAUCGUUGGCUUGGAGAUCCGAUCCGCAGCCACAGGACUCAGUACCGCUUCCAACUGGAUCUUCAACUUCUUGAUUGUUCUCAUUACCCCGAUUUGCUUCGAUCACAUUGGUUGGAAAACUUACUUGGUAUUUGCUGUUGUCAACGCAUUCAUCGUGCCCAGCAUAUAUUUCUUCUUUCCCGAAACCGCCUACCGUUCCUUGGAAGAGAUUGAUGAAAUCUUCGCCGUCUCUGGCUGGCUUUCGGUCGUCAACAACGCCCGCCCCUCUGUCACUCCUCUGGUCAAACACGACGAGGGUUCCAUGAAAGAAGAGGCUGAUGCAGCCGCCGCUGCAAAGGAAGAUUUUUCCGAAUUCAAGUGA